CCAUCCCUUCUGGAUUCUUCUUCUCGGUAUUGCGACUCAUCUUUGAACUACGUCUCUUCCACUGAUUUUGGUCUGUAAUCGAAUGCUUACACACUUGCUUCCACCCCCUUCAACUGCUUUCGUCUACGUCUUCUGUGUUCCAUCGUCGGAUCCACUGUGGAUCGUUUUGGGAUUUUAGGGCUUUCAAAGCAAAAGGUUUCCAAGCAACAACGAAUGUUAGGUUACGAGACCUCAUCCUGUUUUCCAUGCUUCUACAGCUGUUUCUGGUGCCGGUGGGUCAUCAUCAGCUGUACCGGUUGCCCCUGUUCCUCUCCGACGAAGAGCAAAAUAGAAGAUUUAGGGCUUUUUUGUGGAGAGUCGAUUUCCACAGUCAGUAGAAGAGGACGACGGAGAAAACCGAUUCCACUCUACGAAGAGAUGAGAUUGCGCAUCGCCAGUCUAUUUCCGGCGACCCAAUCAAGGUUGCUUUACCGGAUGGGCCUGUGA